AGUGCGCCUCGGUGCGCUCUGCGUCGUCACUGGAAGUUCCUGGUUGUGAUCCGCUGCAGACGAGCGGUGCGCUUCAAACAUCAUACUCUCCACAGGAACGCAAGAGGAGGAGGAGAAGAAGAAGGAGAAGAAGAAGAAGAAGAAGAAGAAGAAGAAGAGAGAAGAUGCUUCGUGAGCGGGUGUCUUCAGGGCGGAUAGACACAGAGACAGUUCCGUGACAGAAAACACCGAAAAAUGUUGCCUGGACACCAAACCGCGGAGCGAAGGAAGACGAUGAUGAUGAUGAUGAUGCUGAUGCUGUUGUAGGACUGUAGGAUCUCCCGAGAGGCUUCAAACCAGCUCGGUGCUCCACGGUGGGGACGGGGACACACGGGGGGGACAGACGGGGGACAAGAAGAAGAAAUGUUCAAAGUUAUAGUGCGCGUGUCGUCUACAAGUGCGACCCCGCAACGCGCCGACGUCCCGCAACAGCUGCAGCAAAUGAGCAUGAACUGAACGAAGGAUGCAUGUCGUUUGGGAUAUAUCUGUAAUUCUGCAAACAUACAUCAUCUGCACGGCAUCAGCUCAGCCGAUUACAUCCAAGCUUGAUGCGGGUUGGUGGGCGUAUAAGGACAUUGUCCAGGGCAGCUUUGUUCCAGUCCCGUCCUUCUGGGGUCUGGUGCACUCGGCCUGGAACCUGUGCGCCAUAGGGAAGAGGCAGUCGCCCAUCGACAUCGAGACCAGUCACAUGAUCUUUGACCCCUACCUGACCCCUCUGAGGCUCAACACGGGAGGACGCAAGAUAGGAUGCACCAUGUACAACACGGGGAAGCACGUGUCCCUACGGCCAGACAAAUCCCACCUGGUGAACAUCUCCGGGGGCCCUCUGGGCUACAGCUACAGGCUGGAGGAGGUCCGUCUCCACUUUGGGAGCGAGGACUCCACGGGUUCAGAGCACCUGCUCAAUGGACAGGGCUUUCCUGGAGAGGUCCAGUUGAUCCAUUAUAACCAGGAUCUGUAUGCCAACUACACUGAGGCAGCUAAGAGCCCCCAUGGCAUCGCUGUGGUCUCCAUCUUCAUAAAGGUCAGCGAGUCCUUCUGGGAGCACCCGGAACCAUCACCGAGGACCGAUCAAGAAACAAAUCCAUUACUCUCUGAGAACUCCAACGCCUUCCUCAACCGCAUGCUCAAUAGAGACACCAUCACCAGAAUCAACUACAAGCAUGAUGCGUUCUUAUUAAUGGGCCUGAACAUAGGUGAACUUUAUCCCGACACCACGCGUUACAUCACCUACGAGGGCUCCAUCACCAUCCCCCCCUGCUACGAGACGUCCACGUGGAUACUCAUCAACAAGCCGGUCUACGUGACACAGAUGCAGAUGCACUCCCUGCGCCUCCUCAGCCAGAACGAGCCCUACAAGAUCUUCCUGAGUAUGAGCGACAACACCCGGCCCACCCAGCCUCUGCUGCAGCGCUGCAUCCGGACCAACAUCAACUUCAGCAAGCAGGGCCGAGACUGCCCCAACAACCGCGCCCUCCGCCCGCAGUACAGAGUGAAUCAGUGGCUCCUGAAGUAGAAGAUAAAAACCACGUCAAGCUGCAAGCGCCGCAGUGAGGAUAAAAGCAGAAAUCAUUCAAGUCUAUUUCACACUGCCAAACCGUGCUGGGGCCUGCUGUCUGACCCCGAAGUGAACUAAAGGCAGCCUAACUAAACUGAUCUCAGCUAAGCUCAACUGAACUGAACUUGUCUGCUGGCCUCCCCCACCCAUCUACAAUGUAAACACGACCGGUGGGCCGGCAACAGCGAGGCUGAAGACCACCCUUUGAGUUUUGAAAUAGACCAUAAGUAACCGGAUGUCUACUCUCUACUGUGUUUUUCAUUUGUUGUGUUAACUCACAGAGACUGGAUAUAUUGGAUAUGUACAGACUCUCAAUCAUUUUCUUUGGCUGGUUUUCAGAGGGAUAGAUGUGUAAUCUAAAAAGACCACAGUAUGCUCUGUUAGUCUGCUCGUCCUUAUUCAAAUCCUGCCUAUGAGGCAAUUAUGAAAAUGAUCAUCCAUCGACUGGAGGACUUAUUACAUUUCCAUUGAUGGUCUGAACCCCCGGCAACAAGGAAACACUGAGCUGUGGUAUGAUGAGAGAUAUGAAAUCUGCUGCUUCUGAAAUCUAAUAGCUUACUAUUUGAUUUCAGAAACAGCAGCUUUUGUAUCUCUCAUCAUACAGACGUUAUACAGAUGUUCAAAGAGAAUGUGUCAGGUUAUAUAGCUGAAGGGAGAGACUGCAACCCUGACAUGUUAUAGACCUGAACACAUGUAUAUCACUGGACAUUGGAAAGGGACAGGUCACUCAUUUUGCAUGAGUUUUUUUUUACUUUAUUAUUAUUAUUAUUAUUAUUUUUUACAAUAGUUGUCUUUAAGGUAUUUAAUUAAAAUGUGGUGACUGACAGAAUUCCGAUGGCAUCAGGUCCCUACUUUGCACAGCAACAUAAAAGGUAUAGACCUCCCCCUCUGCAACUACAACAGCUAAAAUAAUCAAUCAGAAUUGUUCACACUACAGGCCUCAUUCUAUAAGGAUGACUAAUGCCGGGAUCAGACUACACGAUAUCAGCCCUGAUUAUAGCCCGACACAACCGUCGUAGGGGAUCGGGAACGAUAAAUGUGUGCGCAAAAUCGAUCCUCUUAUCUCGUGUAGUGUGUCAU